AUGGCGCGCGAGAAGGCCGCGGAGAUGCAAGUGAACAUGCGCGUCAACGACGCGUUGGCGCGCCUCGGGCGCGAGGAGAGCGACAUUUCCAAGGAGUUCACGCAGGAGAUCAACGACCUCAUCGAGGAUCUCCGGGGCCAGAAGGGCCUGUCGCGGGCCGCGGGCGCGUACGUCGUUCACGCCAUCUUCGGCGUCGCGUGUUCGAACAAGGGCGGCGCCCUCAAGGCCAUCUCCGACGCGUUGCUCGCCGGCAAGCAGACCCUCCUCGAGGCCUUCCCCUUCGAGAUGGCGUCGCCCUUGGGCAAGCCCGCCGCCCGGGGCCUCGAGUGCCUCGCGCUCGGCGCGCAGCUCGUCGCGUGCCUCGACCUCGAGCCCGAGGACGCGAUGGACCCGCGCGCGCCGCACAUGCGCCUCCGGCGCAACGAGCGCGGCCGGGGCGACGACGACGGCGCGGACGCCUUCGUCGCCGCGCACUUCAACCGCACGCACGUCCUGCCGCUCGAGGUCCUGAGCCUGCUGCCCGGCGGCCCCGUGGCGCCGGUCCUGGCCAAGCAGCCGAAGAAGUUGAUCCACGCGCUCAUCGUCGCGGGCACCAUGGACAUCGUCGUGGACAUCCUCAAGGAGAUCAAGGGCAUGGUCUUAAUAGACGGGUCCUGGCGGAUCGUCGCGACGCCCGACGUGCCCUUCGCGCACAAGUUCGCCGCCGCCUACAAGGCCUACGUCGGCCGGCUGGGUCCGGCGUCGGGCUGCGAGGCCGACGCCGUCGCGCACGCGGGCGACGCGCACGACAUGGACCACACGCUCCAGACGGUCGUCGUGGAGCGGGGCGCGGGCGCCGUCGUCCCGCGCAUCAAGGUCCUCGAGAUCGGGCCGGGGGCGGCCGCGCGCGGCGUCGCGACCGUCGAGCGCAUGACCGUCGCCUCGGUCGUGCUCGCGCUCGCGCGGUUGCCGCCGGCCGGCGCGGUCAACGAGCUCGCCAAGCUGCCGUCGGAGAUCGACGACCUCGCCGCGCGCAUGAAGCGCUGCCUCGCGAUCAAGCUGCCGGUGGGCGACGAGUCGGACGCGGCGGAGUCGCCCGCGGCGGCCGGCGGCGCGAGCGCGGAGCGCACGGCCUUCGGGCGGGACGUGCUCACGGCGAUCCUGCACGCCGACGGCGACUGCUUCCGCGUGAGCGACUGGAUGCAGAAGUCGAGGGUCAAGGCCCUCAAGAAUCGCAUCGUCGACGGCGGGCCGGGCGGCGACAUCGAGGUCGUCGUCGACGGCAAGUCGGAGAAGCUGCUCGCCGCGGGGUCCGGGGCGCUGUUCCGCGAGGUCGUCGACGCGGGGCUGGGCAUGGUCAUCGACGUCAGCACGCCGUCGACGAAUGACACCAAGCGCGGCAAGCGGGCCGUGCCGUUCUUCCUCAAGUACGGCCUGCCGUCGACGCCCGACGAGCUCGCCGAGGUCGAGAACGCCCUCGCCGAGCUGACCGGCGGCGUC